ACUCGCGCAUACAGAGAUUUCGGCUGCGUCUGAAAGCUGUAAAAUGCUGCCUUCGUAGGACGCAUUCCAAGGUAGGACGGCAUAAAGGCACGUCUGAAUGCAUGUUUGGCUUACUUUUGACAUAUUAAUCUGAUGGAAUAUCUUACUUACACUAUAGGCAGGUAUUAUGAAUGAAGAGGGCAGUCAAGGUGUGAGCAAAGGUCUCUUGGGGACUAGAAAGCAAAGCCAACAUAUCGUACGCAUCAGUAUUUCAGGUGCGACAGAGAUGCAUAUGGGUCAACAAAACCCUUUGGUGGACGGUCUGUCCUUAAAAGAACUGGGUGAUAGCGUGCUGGUGGAGAUAGAGGAACAGAGGAAAAAAAUGUCCUUUCUUAAACACGUGGAGUAUCGUAUUAUCAGCAAGUGUUUUCAGGUACCAGUUCACCGCAGAUACAGUGAUUUCGAGCUGUUCCACAGUUUAUUACUGCAGAAGUUUAUCUACAGGAUGGUCCCAUCUCUGCCUCCAAAACGUAUCCUUAAAGGCGUUUUAAACUCAAUAUCAGAUCGAGAGUUUAAUGACAGCCGUCGUCGGGGUUUACAAAGGUUUAUGACCUUAGUGAUCAGACAUCCAGUUCUAGCAGGAGAUGAGCUGGUCAACAUCUUUCUGUCUGAGAGCAGUGGGGAUGUUCAACACAAGCUGCGUGAAGCGUUCAAAAAGUCAGGCGAUGAGUUCCUGUCUUCACAAAUGGCAUUGCAUGGCAAGGUGUAUCUACCGGAGGAUAUACACAGGCAGGCUGCCACCAAUCGAGAAGUCAUUGUAAACAUCCACAGCAGUUUCCAUAAACUCAGAGAUGUAGCUGAGCGGAUGGCACAGCGAUCACGGGAGAACUCCACAGACCUGCUUAUGUUUGGCAAAGACUUAAGUGAACUUGGAUCAGACACACCAGACCUGCCCGCGAGCGCUGUCCUGGGGAAAGCAUGGUUAACACAAAGGAAAUCACUCGUGGAGCUCUCUGGAGAAUUUGGCCUUCUUGCAGACAAAGCAGCACAUCAGGGCAGCAGAGAGGAAGAUGAAGUGGUGGAGAAACUGAACCUUCUUCUUGAACAGCUGCAGUCAUACAAGGAACUGUGUGAUCGCCAUGAUAACGGUGUGUUACUGGAACAUCAAAGGGCCUUUGAAAGACGCAGCAGUGUGGUCAAACACCUCAAGAACCAGAACAGCAUUGAGCAGCCAGAGUCUCGACUCACACAGCAGGAAAACACAAUUAUUACUAUGGAGAUGAGGAGCUAUUUCUCCCUUCUGUGUCUACAUCAAGAAACUCAGCUGGUCUUCACCCAUUUGCCCCUUGUGACUAACAUACUGGGGGCAUUCGUCCAUUCCCAAAUACAAGGACACAAAGAGAUGGGUGACGUAUGGGGUGACCUUCAUCCAAAACUGAAGUCUCUGUUUGAUAGCGCUAAUGAAGCCUCAUCUCACUCCUCUACAGAACUGAAGACAUGUGCCGUCAUUGCCCCCAAUGUAACCAGAAAAACUCUGUGACUCGUGUGACUAUCUGAGAUCACUGUGAACCUGGUCAUUUUGUGUUUUUCUUUACCACUUUCUAAUGUAUUUAAUUUUCUUAAACUUUUCUAAAUAUGUACUGACCCUAAAAGUAUUCGGAUAUAUAUGUCGUACAUAAAUGUUAUAUUUUAUUACAUUAAAAUAUAACAUUUUUGUUUCUCACUCAAAAUGUUUCUGCUUAGGCGUGCAUGCAUAGAGUGCUUAUUUCCCAUUUCAUUUCCUUGUACAAUUUUUCACUUGAUCUGAUGCAAUUACAGAUUCAGAUUCAAAUAAACCUAUAUCUACAUCUCAACAA